GUUAAGUAAAAGUUAACUAACUUUCCUACCCAUAAAAACCUACCAGUUUUUAGUUCUCCCUCCACAUUACACUUUUACGGUUUACUGUUUACCUGUCCAAGCAACCUCACACAGAUCCCCCAAGCUCUUCCCUUUCAACGCGGUUUUCAAUAUUGGUUUUUAAAGUCGGUUGCUUUCUCUUGUUCUGGGAACCGAUCGAAGUGAAAAUGUUCAAGCGAGCGUUUGGGAAGGCUAAGCAGGAGGCUGGUCCCCUGCCCACGAUUCACAAAUUAAACGAUACACUUGACAUGCUGGAGAAGAAGGAGAAAGUGCUUGUGAAGAAGGCAGCUCAAGAGACUGAGAAAGCUAAACAAUUUACUCAAGCGAAAAACCGAAAUGCGGCGAUAAAGUGUUUAAAAAGGAAGAGGCUUUAUGAACAACAAAUUGAACAGCUUGGAAAUUUCCAAUUGCGCAUUCAUGAUCAGAUGAUAAUGCUGGAAGGUGCAAACGCUACGACAGAAACUGUUGAUGCAUUGAGAAGUGGAACCUCUGUAAUGAAGGCCAUGAACAAGGCCACGAAAAUUGAUGAUUUGGAGAAAACAAUGGAUGAGAUCAAUGACCAAACUGAAAGCAUGAAACAAAUUCAGGAGGCAUUGUCAGCACCUAUCGGUGCAGCAGCUGAUUUUGAUGAGGAUGAAUUGGAAGCAGAGCUUGAAGAACUAGAAGGAGCUGAAUUGGAGGAGGAGCUUCUUCAGCCAGCCACAAGUGCUCCCGCAGCUCCCACACCUCCAGUAUCUGUAAAUCCUGAAGUAGGCAGGCAGCCAACACGACCAGCUCCUCAAAGAAAUAACCGUGAGGAAGAUGAGCUUGCUGCAUUACAGGCAGAGAUGGCACUUUAAGCGGUUAUAUAUGUGUAUCAGUAGUAACAUGUAGCAGCAGACGCUUAAUAAACUCUGGACGACGAUGCGAAUCGCUGGGACUCUCUCCAUACUGACUAGUAAACUUUUUAUACUGCAUUUGAUGUUGAGGACACACUGUACAGAUAGUUAAGUUUAGAUAACGAAGUGUGUACUUUGUAAUUUACUCGAAUAUUGUAGGCUUCUUUGUAAAACUAGUGGGACCCUCUGUGUCCUCUUUCCCCCAGUUCAAAGACUAAAAAACCAGAUGGGAAAACAACGUUAUAGUUUAGUGAUACAA